AAGUAUAACAAAACAGCAAACAAGUCUUACGUCCGCAAACACAUUAUUUGGAUUUAAAAUCAGUUAGAAUAACGCGUUCAAUGCGAAUGGUUUGUAGUUCAUCAAGCGAGCGAAACGAAAGAGCGAAAUUUGUUUUCGGUCGAUAUAUAUAUAUGUAGUCAAACACGAACCAAUUUUUUUUUUAAAGUAUUGUGUGCAUUCAAACUUAUUCAGAAUCUGUUCUUGGAUUAAGCGACUAAAAAUAUUGUGUGACGACCAACAUCGUCAUCAUCAGUCUAAUUAACUGAAAAGGAGAUAUAAUUUUUGUUGAAUCGAAUUGCAGCAGCCCUGAAUCAAUAGACAAAUAAACGCACGAAUUUGAAUAAUCAUAAAUAAUUGCCUGGCCAAGGCGGAGGCGGAACAAAAUCUUGCAAAAUAAGAUCAAAAAACAUUGAUCGAAAAUAUCAAAUUCCUCAGACAGAUUUGCUGGACAGAGAAAAGUCAGACAAAACCGAGAAAAUUGAAAUACGAAACAAAUAUGAGGAUAUCAAUAUCGAUAGCCGUACUUAUCGUUCAAUGUUGUAUUGUAGCGAUACAAGCAACAACAAAAAGUGUUGCACUGUAUAGUAAUCAAGUUCGCCAAUUGGUUACAUCAAAUACAUUGGUAUGGCAAAGUUUUACCGGCGAUCAAAAACUAUUGGAAUUUGCUGUUGAAGCAGCCAAAUAUCAUUCAGAACAAGAAAAUUAUCCGAUUUAUGUCUGCCGGGCAACCGUUGAUGGUAUUACAGUUACCGGUCAUACGCAGAAACGUGAUUCACGUACCAUUUGUAUUGUAUCGAUGCACACAACACGUACACAUCUUGUAUUUGAUGUGCUGCUAAACAAAGGUGACGGCGGUAAAUUAACCUGGAAACCUUGGAACAAAUUCAUUCCAGUCAUUCCAACUGGAGCGGUUAGCGCCACUAGUGACGGACAUGUGGAAGAUAACUAUGUGGCACGAAGAAAGGCGAAUGCAGACGAGGGAAUUGAACAGCAUCAUCAUCAUCAUCACGGCGGAAUUGAUUACAAUGUCGGACACUUUUCGCCUAACAUCAAAAUUGGACGAAUCGUUGUUUCUGUGAACAAUGUAGAAAAGGAAUACGAAGAUGGUGAAAUUUUAGUUGAAGCCGAACCAAUUCGUUAUGAGUUGCGUGACAUUAAAAAGGACAAAUGGCGCACACAAAUCACACCAAAUGAAACAGUCUUGGGAACUGCUGUACUCUCAAACAAUGGCGAAGGCAGUAAUAUAGUUGAAACGGCAAUCAGCUAUAAAUUUAACAAGACCGUUUAUUGGGGAACAGUUGAAGGAGUUGGACGCGGUCUACCAACCGAAGUUUUGGAAAAUGCCAAGACACCACCGGUUGAAUUGGUCAAAGGCUGGGGUCUCAGAGAUAUUCAACCGACUACAGAGAUUAAGCAAGUGAGUGCUAGUUUGUUACCAGGGACGGCAAUGAAUGUUACAUUAAAAGGAAGCUAUACGAAAAUGGAAGGGCCAUACACGGCUAAAUUGAAAUCAUACUAUGCAGAUAGCGAUGAAACAAAAACCAGAGACAUUGAAUCAAGCUUCCUGAUUGAAGAUAUGUUUGAUGUGACAUUCGAAUACGGUCCUAUUUAUUGGCAACAUAAUAAUACAUUUGUACCAACCACAACAACAACAACCACCACGACAACAACAACUACGACCACAACCACCGAAGCAAGUACGACCAAUAAAAAUAAAGAUCCGGUAAUUGUGAGCCGUGACGGUUUUAUUGAUAACAACGAUAUUCCGGGUGAUGCACCAGAUGCUGCAACAGAAGCCAAAUAUAAGCAGCAAAGCGAAACGAAUAGUGCAAGUGUUGGCGGUGGUACGAGUUCAGCAAGUCGAUUCAAUAAUUUGGCAUCGUCUGUGAUUUGUAUGGGUUUAGUGGCGCUAUUCUUUUCUAUUCGACACACAAAUAUGGUGUUUAAGUAAGUAAUAUAAAUUAAUUUAGAAUUAAUAAAUAAACAAACAAUGAGUAAACAUAAUGUUGGAAUUUUCAAGAGUAUUUUGCCUUUUUUCCCACAAAUUUGGCAAAUAUUUAGACAGUUUUUUUCUCUAGAAAUUAUGUAUAUGAGUGGUUGGGCUGGAGCUAGAGACAAACAAAUAAACAAAAAUAAUUAGCAGAACCAACACAUAUAAAAUCAUUCGAAAACAAAUAAUCAAAUCAAGUGCACCCGCAAAAAAAAAUACCAAAAUGUGUCAAAUUGUCCCAGAUUUAAAUCAAAUUAAUGCUAGACGAAUAUUAGAAACGACCUAUUUUUUUCUUAUUGGCACUAGAGAGCACAAGCAACAACAGCUAAAACGAGUGUCAUCAUCAAAAUUGGCCAAGCAACAAUAUUACUUUUUGAGUGUGACUUUUCCUCUGCCAUAGUUCAAACAUUUAAAUGACAGAUUUAAAAUAACUUAAAAAAAUGGCUUCAUCAAAUGGCAUGUGUGUGUUUAAAUUUAAAGCAAAGAAGAAAAAAAUGAAUCUCAGCCUUUAGUUAUAUGACAUAUAGGAAAACAAUUUCUCAGCGGGCACUGACAUGCGUCAUUUGUGAAUUAAAUGGCAAAAUUGAGAAUGAAAUAUAAAUGACACAUGACAACAGUAGCGAGAAAAAAAUGUCACUAGAUUACAAGGUCAUCAUCAUCGCCGGUAAUUGUGUAUAAGCACUUAAUGGAAAAUUGAAAACACAAGCAAAUAUAGUACAGUGAGUGUACGUGAUAACAGCGUCAAGGCUGUCGCAAAUGAUGUUCGCGUUCUUUUUAUUCCAGUGAAAUCACUGGGGCAUAAGAUGAUAAUUAUCUUCCUUUUGUUUUUGAUUUUGUUGUUUCGUGAAAGUUGAAUGGAUUUAAAGUUUUCUUUAAUCUUCCAAGCCUUUUGAUGGAAUUUGUUAUUUAACUGAGACGAUCCAUCAAAUUGAGACAAAGAGAGAUGGAAUAUGUCACUCACCACAUCUCAUUGAUGUCAUUUUUCCACAGCAAAUUGUGCUAGAAUUCAUUCUCAGGCGUGUACACGUUUCAAUCAUAUAAUUUUUUGUUUCUCUAUGGUUUAAAUAGUAUCGAAAUAAAAGACAUAUUUAAACAUAAAAGAGAAGAAACAAACAGCAAGCGUUAUUGUUAUCGCUAAACGAUAUUCUAUUGAUGCUCUAACAAAUAGCUGAGCGAGUGAAAAAGAAACGCACGCGUAUGCACCACCCUUCAUCAAAAUUAAGUGAUUGGCUAAAUGCAAUGCAAUUGCUAUUUGUUGCACGCCACACAAUCUUAUUGUUUGAUUUAAAAGGCUCACAACAAUCUCAAAGAAAAUAUUGAAUGAAAAUCAUUUCGCAUCCAAACAGUUUUUUUUAAAUUCUCUGUGUGUAGGAGCGCGCAUUAUUUAAUCUUGACUACCUCUCUCUCUCUCUGCGUGUUCAAAUGUGAAGGUUAUUUUGAUUCAUUGUCACUGCUGGAUAUUAUACAAUGAAUUCUUUUGUCCGUUAAAUAUUUCAAUUUCCAUGCAUCCAUUGUGACAAGUACGCAAUUCCAUGCAAACAUUAUCAUCAUCAAUUGCGUCAUUUAUAUCAAAUAGAAUUAAACGGAAUGAUGUUACGUUUGAAAUGAGAACACGUGUGCGCACGCGCGCUAAACAAAUCAACACGCACGAAGUAAAGAGAAAGAAAGCGUGCGCUUAUCACCCCAAUAAAUGAUCAAGCCAACAGUUGGAGAGAGAGAGAGAGGGAGAACAAAAGCAUUUAAAAUCGAUUCUAAAAAAAGCGCAUAUCAUUUAUUUAGAACAAUGCAAAUGGUGACAAAUUUGAGCAUUUUUUCUUCUUCUCUUUUUCAUACGAAAAGUAUUAGAAUCGUUUAGAGCGCUUGAAUACAUCAAACAAUAUUAUCACGUAAUUCAUGUAAACAAAAGCGCAAAUUCACAUUCGUUUUCGUUAAUUAUGUCAAAACAUUUUAAUAUUUUUACAUCUAAAUAAAUUUAAGUGCGCAAAACAGGGAGAGUGAAAAGAGCACAUUUUUUUAAAGAAAAAUUCACAUAUACUUGCACACACACAUACAGACUUCAAAUAUUUGUAGUCAAUAAUAAAAACGGUAAAAAUGCAAAUAAAAAAAAAAAUUACAAAUGGAAAACGAACGAUGGCCGAUGAUAAAUUCGACAAAAAGAAUGUUACUAAACAAAAAGCGCCGACAAAAAAAAUUGACACAAUCAAUUGUAUCUUGAUCAGGACAAUGACACAACGUAUAAAUAAUAAGUAAACCACGACAUUGAAAAACAAAAUGCGAACGAAAAGGAAAAAUGAAAAGAAUUAAAGUGUAAAUAGAAUUUGCAUUAGGUUUGUAAUAUAUAAGUGUAAUAUGGGAUUUAGAAGAUAGAUUUAAAAAAAGAAACAAAAUACAAAUAGCGCGAAAUGAAACAUUUUUUCUCUUCUACUUUAAACAGAUUUUUUUUUUUUGGUUUUUGUUAUCAACAUUUAUUUUAAUUUAUUAAAUGCGAAUAUUGAGACAAAAACGAGAGAAGAACUAGAAGAUAAUAAGCAGAAAUGAAAUUGAACUGUUAACAAUUGUGUGUAUAAUCCAGAUUAAUUAACUUAUUGGACAAAUUAAGAAACUAGAUUUACAAUUUGGAACACUUUUAUUUUAUUUCUCAAAACACAUACACCAAGUCAAAUGAGAAAAGCAUUCAAAAUGUUUUUUUUUAAGCUAAUACAAUAGAAAUGUUGUGGAAAAAAAAUUUGCGAGAAAAAAGACCACAGCAAAAACAACAAUAUUCAAUGAGAAAAGAAACUCCCAACCAAUAUAAUCAAACUGUUUAAGCCCCAAAACACAUGCAGCUUUUGUUAUAUAUGACAAAUACUGAUGACAUUGUAACUUUAUUUUUAAUUUGUAUGUAAUAAUUGUAGCUUUUUUUAAUUUUUAAAAUAUACAAUCAUUAUAAAUAUACUCUUUAUUAUUAUUAUUUUUUAGUAUUUUAGUUCAAUUUUAACUGGAAACCCCUUAUCUUCGCCCUUAUUUUGCCUGUCUUAGAACUUUUGCGAUAUAAAUAGCUUUCGUUGCUCUCCCAUUCUACAUACUAAACACUGUACUAGCAAAAAACAAAGCCGAUCUAAACUAUCAGUGGGAUGCGCUUGAAAGAGUGCAAAUGUUCUUCUGGUAUAGAAAUUAUUGUUAUGCAAAUUUUUUGUAAAUUUUCUGAAUGGGUUUUUGAAAUCAAAAGUGUUAUCAAUCGAAAAAUAUUUCCAGGAAUGUGUGUAAUAUAUUUUAUAUCGAUUUGCGCCUUUUUUUAAAAACAUUCUGGACAUUUUCGAGUUAUAGCAAAUUUCUAUAGUUUUAUUUUAAAUUAGAAAUUUUAAAUUGUCUUUAGUUCAAACGAAUUUAACAGCUGACAGUUUGGAUCACAUUGUUGACGCUAGUACAGUGAAACUUUGUGUAUGCAUUUCGCUUAAACAUAGCAAUUUAUUAUAGCUAUUUGCCUUAUUUUACUAUAUACUAUAUAUACUCCUCAAUGUCUCUUUAUUUUGACGCUUUUGAUAUACUUAUAUAUAUAUAUCUGUGUUACGAACCAGCAACAAAACUGAAUGUGCGUAAUUAAAUUCAAGCACAAAAAAAUAGUCUAUAUUCCAUUUCAUCGUUAUGCAUUUAACUAAUGGUGAUUGAUGCGAUCUGAAGCUACGAUACAGGUAAGUGUUAUUGAUUGUUUUAUGACUCAAACCGCAUGUACUCUUGUAUAAAAUCUAUGCAAGUUUCAAUUAUACCAGUCUAGUCUAUGCUUGUAUUUUUAGUUGUUUGAAUGUUCGUUGGCAAACGUUAAUGUAGAUAUCGUUGCUUUCAUUAAUUUUUGCAUAAGAUGAAGUCGUUGUUUCAUUGAUUUUCAAUCGAAAUUCUUAUGCAAUUCCAAUUUUUCGUCAUUGCAUGAUGUAUGUAAGUCAACUGAAAAUUCUGUCAGACAAGAUUAAAAUGGUUUAGAUGCAUUAUAUUGAAGCUUGUUCACCAUAGACUAAUUAUAAAUGAAAGACGCACACAAAUAAACCAAGUUGAUCAAGAAAAAAAAGGAUCCUCGAUUAAAGUUUAAUCAUUAAACUCCAAAUAGAUUAUGCAAAGAGUUCAAUUGACUUUGGUGCAUUAAAAUAAAUUGGCGAAUGAUUUCUCGGAUGCACACACGCAUAACACAAGCACCAUUCAGUUACCUGCGUAUAUUCAUGCCGUUCGGUCAAACGACGAACAGCAUAGUUUGAUGUGAAUUGCAAACAUAAUCUGAUAUUUCCGACCAAUUAUAGUUGAUGUACAUUGUAUUACAUAUAUUCUGGAAUUAUUUUUUCUUCUUCUGCUGUUUAUGUGCUCUCGGUUAUAUUUUGUGAUGAGAGAGAUAGAGAGAUGCUUUUGUUUUCAGCCACGCACAUUUAAUGUGUUUAAGGAAUUCAUUUGAUGGUCUUUAUUUGGAGUCGGAUUUAUGGUACCGAGAGAUGAAUUCAGUAUUAAGAAAAGUAUAGAUGUAAAACAACACAAAAAACAACUUGAAAUUGAUAUGUGCAAUGUGUGCGCUCCACUAACUCCUCGGUGUCGUUAAUUCAUUUUAAUUGAAACGAAUUGACAUUACUUAUGGCCAAUCUUUAAAAAAAACGAUGAAUGCGCGCACGACACAAAAAUACAGUACAGACAAUAUAAUUGCAUAUAGCAGCAAGUAACAUAUCGCAUUUCUUCAGCAGCAUGCCUUCAGCAUAUUAUUUCUUUUAUUCAGAUGCAGUUGCGUUCUUUUUUUUCAUCAUUUGAUGAAAUUGAAUACAUAAUUAUGAAAUGCACAUCCAUUGACGCGACGGCCGAUUUCAGUGAUGCCAAACAACGGAACAUAAUUGUUUGUGAAGGUGAUGUGUGUGCCCGCGUGAUCAGAGAGACAUUCAUUGUUACCAGACAUGAUUCAUUUUUUUCUUCUUCAACAUGAUCAACGUCGAUAAAAAAAAACAUUAUGCCCGUUUCAAGCCAGAUUAGCAUGGAAUGGAAAAGAUAACUUGUAAAACAAUAUUAUUAUUUUAAAUUGCCCCGCAACACUAGCAAUCAUUUACAAACUUUUCGCACAAAAGAUUUUUUUUGUUUGUUGCAUUUUGAGCUCGUGCCACACAAUUUAAUGCAUUUGCAAAUGCGGUGGUUUUUUUCGAAGUUUUUUUUUGUACAGAAUGACUUUGGCCAAAACGUAUUGAUGCACACAUAAUUUCUCAAUGUCUUUGCAAUAUAAAAAAAAUACGAUUUAUUGUCAUUCAAAAUCACAAUUAGUUACAAUAUUUAUUAAUGUAAUAAUUGUCUUGUACACUAAUUCCAGUUAUAUGUGAGAAAUAAUUAGGUUAAAUUUUUUGGAAUGGCGAAAAAAAGAUGCAUGCUUUGAUACUGUAUAAAUAGCUUGAUUAUGCAAAAAAAA